AUAAAGUCACUUCUCUGCUCCGUCAAGCUGAGGAGGAUAAAACCCUAGCAGACACGAGAGAGGGUCUGAGAGAUUGAGAGAGAGGAGCGAAAAUGGUGCAGCGUCUUGUUUACCGAUCGAGGCACAGUUACGCCACCAAAUCAAACCAGCACCGGAUCGUCAAAACCCCAGGAGGUAAAUUGACUUACCAGACCACCAAGAAGCGUGCCAGUGGUCCUAAAUGCCCCGUUACCGGAAAGCGUAUUCAGGGUAUCCCUCACUUGAGGCCUGCUGAGUACAAGAGGUCUCGAUUAUCCAGAAACAGGAGGACCGUGAACCGUGCUUAUGGUGGUGUUUUGUCCGGUUCUGCUGUUAGGGAAAGAAUCAUCCGUGCUUUCCUUGUGGAGGAGCAAAAGAUUGUGAAGAAGGUUUUGAAGCUUCAAAAGGCAAAGGAAAAGGUUGCUCCCAAGAGCUAGACCCUAUUAGUUUUUAUGUUUUAUGGCUCUGUUCUAGCGAUAGUACUGGUUGCAGAGAAAACAUUGUGUACUCAUCCAAAUUUUUAAGUUUUUUGUAUUGGUUUUGGAUCUUUGCCUCUGUCGACAAUUCGCUUCGGUUUUGUUUUCUCGUUCCUUUGAGUUCUCAUUUUCCUUUUCUAUUCUCUUAUCCCCGAAGCUUCAGUGUCACCUCUAGACUGGUUAAUAUGUUGUUCGAAUCACAUGAUUAAUACUCGUUGAA